AUGAAGAUGACAAAAAUAACAAUAAUUAAAAGAAAGAUGAUGCUGCUACUUGUUUCGUAUAUAUUGAUGUACAUUCUGCCAAAGGAAUUUGACACUUUUAUUUGUGCUUCUAAUGAGGAGGUUACAUCUUCGUGUAGUAAUAUGAACAAUAAGAUAAAUAAUAACUAUUCUUCUGGCCAAAGUUACCUAAAUAUGCAACCAAGUGGAUUUAUAAAUAAUUCAAACGAAUGCUUAGCAUAUGAGGAACAGUCACAUAAUCCAUAUAAUGCACAAGAUGGUUCUUUAAACAAUGCUAAUAUGUUAACUAAUAAUUUGGAGAAAAUACCAAUUGAAUUUCAAUUUAAUCCAUACUAUGUAGAAAAUUUAUAUGCUAGUGACAGUUACAGGCCAAAUUAUGAACCGCCGCAUAAUCCAUAUGCUGUUUCAAAUAGUUUGUUAAACAGCAACAGUACAUUAACAGAGGGCUUUCCAGGAUUGUCAAAUUCAAAUACAUUUAAUCCAUAUCCUAUAGAGAAUUACUAUGAUAAUAAUCAGUACACAUUAAAUAAUGUGCAAACAUACAAUUCUUAUAAUAUUCAAAACAGUUAUUUAAAUAAUAUAAUAUCUAAUGAGAAUCCGAUGGACCCCGAAAUAUCACAUAGCCAAGUUUUUACGGGUAUAAAUUAUCUCCCGAGUGAAUGUAUGCCAUUUGAAUCAAAUAGUACUCCGCUUGCUUGUAAUAAUAUAGAGCCAGAUUCUUCAAAUCCAUUGCCAUCUCUACAGCCUCUAAACAGUAGCGUCCAAAAAAUGGAAAGCGUGGCCCAGAAUUUAGAAAGUACUCAAGUAAGCACAUCCACAAAUAGAAAAAGAAUAUACAUUAGUAGUAGCGAUAGUGCCAGCAAUAGUAGUAGUAAUAGUGUUGAUGACAAUAAUACUAAUGGUGAUAGUAGUAGUGAUAAUACUAGUGAUAGUAGUAGUUAUAAUACUAGUGAUAGUGUUGAUAAUUCUUCGAAAAUAUUAUUUAUAACAUCAUCUAUUAAAAAUUUAGAUAGCUAUAAACACCUUGUAACAAAAUUGCAUAAUUACAAACUGAAGAAUUUAAAGAGUGACCGGAACCAAGAAAGUGUCUUUAUGCCAUUAUAUAGCCAGUGCUCUAUAAAGUAUAAAUCAAAUAUUUAUCCAGUACUUAAAAAAUCUAUAAAAAAUAAUAUUAAAAAAUACAAAAAUGUAUGGAUGGCUCUGUAUAAAAGUAAAAGAAAAAUCAUACACAAAAAAUUGAAGUUCAUUUAUUAUCUAACUGGUUUUUAUCUUAAAAAAAAGAGUAUAUAUUCAAAUAUUGCGAUCUGUCAUACUAUUCUGGGCUUUUUUCAGACUUAA